AUGGCUGCCCUACUACUGGCAAGCAGCAGCCUUUGGGCUACUUUCUUUUGUCUGGUCUCCUUUGCACAGGCCUUCUAUAUUCCCGGGUGGUCAAUCAAAAGCUACAGCGACGGCGAUGUGAUACCGUUGUUCGUCAACAAGGUCUACUCGGACAAGACACAAAUACAAUAUGCCUACGCCGAACUCCCCUUCAUAUGCCCACCCAGUGGACGUCGACGAGCUGGUGGUCUUAUCUCUGGAUCGAGCAUCGCCUUAAACCUGGGUGAGGUGCUCCGAGGCGAUCGAAUCGUCGUCAGCGACUAUGAACUGGAGAUGGGAAAAGACGAUGAGGCCCACUACCUCUGCAGCCACAAGGUCGACAGGGCAGGGCUACGCAAGGCCCAAGAAAUCGUCAAGGACAACUACGUGGCCGAAUGGGUCGUCGACAAUUUGCCGGGCGCAACCAACUUUGUGUCGGCCGACAAGACUCGCAAAUACUACGCCUCAGGCUUCAAGAUGGGUUUCCAAGACGAAGACCCCACUACCGGCCGCCCUCGCUACUUCAUCAACAACCACGUCACUCUUGUUAUGCGCUACCACGUGGCUCCUGGAAGAGACGGUCAACAAGGCAAGAAGGUCAUAGUUGGCUUCGAGGUCUACGCAAAGAGCAUUGAAUCUGGCAACAGAGACGCACAGGGCAUACCCGCUUCCAUUACCGAUGUCAGCAACGGCAUGGAACUGACCAUGCGCAAAAAUGGCACUGCCGCCGCCGCCGCUGCUUACUAUUCCUCCGACUCGACCUACCACCCAGCUACCGUCGACGACGUUGACGAGGAUGCCACUCUCACUAUCCCAUACACUUACUCGGUCUACUUCCGAGAAGAACCACACAUCGAGUGGCAGAACCGCUGGAGUCUGUUCUUCGCCGACCAGAAUGACGCUACCGGCACCCACUGGUUCGCUAUUGCCAACUCGAUCAUCAUCUCUGGACUGCUCACCGCUGUUGUCGCAGUCAUCUUCGCACGCACCAUCCGUGGUGACCUAAAGCCUGCCAAUGUUGAAGACGGUAAGCUCAGAAUCAUCCGCGGUAGGACUGGUACCCGCUCGCCUCGUAAGCCCGACGAGAAGACUGGGGGACUGCUCGACCAAGGCGAUGCUGACAACGACAUCGCGUCCGACGAUGAGACUGUAGAAGACCUCACUGGCUGGAAAUUGGUUCAUGCAGACGUCUUCCGCACCCCUGCAUACGGUGGUGUUUUGGCUGCUCUUGUUGGCUCUGGAACCCAGCUGGUCUUUGUUGUCGCUGGUCUGAUCAUCCUUUCCUGCUUCGGCAUACUCAACCCUUCCUUCAGAGGCGGCUUUGUCAGCGUCGCCGUCGCCCUCUUCGUUCUCGCCGGGCUCGUUUCUGGUUACUUCUCGGCUCGAGUGUACAAAACACUGAACGGUCAAGUCUGGCAGAGAAACUGUCUCGUUACUGCCACUCUCUUCCCGGGUCUUGUUUUCACUAUCGUAUUCAUUCUUAACCUCUUUGUCUGGGCACAGGCAUCCAGCACUGCUCUGCCAUUCGGAACACUUGUCGGUCUUGUCGCACUUUGGCUUCUCAUCCAACUCCCGCUCGUCUAUAUUGGCUCCUGGUAUGGAUAUGUGCGCGUUGGAGCUUGGUCUCACCCCAUCAGAGCAAGCACCAUUCCUCGUCAAAUCCCCCAACAGAGCUGGUACGUCCGUGGCUGGCAGAGCAUUCUCCUAGCAGGAUUGCCAGCAUUCUUCGUUGUGGCUAUCGAGCUCAUGUUCGUCUUCAAGAGCAUCUGGCAAGACAAGAGUGGCUACUAUUACGUUUUCGGUUUCCUAGCUGUUGUGGCAGUCAUGCUUGUUGCAGUAGUGAUGGAGGUUACAGUUAUAGCUGUAUACGUCCAGCUAUGUUCUGAGAACUAUCAUUGGUGGUGGCACAGUUUUAUGGUCGGUGCCUCGAGCAGCGUGUGGAUCUUCGCCUACUGCGUUUACUACUACUUCAACCAUCUGCACAUCCACGGCUUCGUGUCGUCUUUGCUCUUCUUCGCAUACUCGGGCCUAGCGUGUGCCGUUUACGCUCUUUUGACAGGAACCAUUGGAUUCCUGACUGCUUAUACCUUUGUCCGUAGGAUCUACGGUGCUAUCAAAGCCGAUUGA